GGUUAGUGUCAUGUGAAAAUGGAGAACAAGAGACACGGGAGGGACAAGUGCAAGUGGAGAAGCUAUAGCGGACGACGAAGACGUAGUCAUGACAGGUGCACCAGAAACAGGAGGUGAAGAGAGAGCGCGAGAAAAUAUGAACAUAUCGAGAAUCUCUGGGAUAAGACAACCGCAAGCGGGUGGUGACGAUCGUGAGACGGAGGACAUAUCUGCGGGUCCAGGUCCCAGGAAUUCUGGGACCAACUAAUAAGCACAUCUUGCAAUGCCUCUCCUUCCACCUAUCAAUUUCCCGCGCUGGCUCGACGAGAACCAGCACCUACUCAAACCUCCUGUGAACAACUUCUGCCUAUACCGGCAGAAGGAUUUUACUGUGAUGGCUGUAGGUGGUCCCAAUGAGAGAAACGAUUAUCAUGUGAACGAGACCGAAGAAUGGUUCUAUCAGUACAAGGGUGGCAUGCUGCUUAAAGUGGUAGACGGGGUUGAGUUCAAGGAUAUCAGGAUCGAGGAGGGAGAGAUGUUUUUACUGCCAGCCAACACACCCCACAAUCCCGUCCGCUUCGCCGAUACAAUCGGAAUUGUUAUCGAAGCUGCUCGUCCGGAUGAGUCUCAUGACUCCCUGCAGUGGUACUGUCGUGAUCCUUCCCAUACCAAACCAACUAUUAUUCACAAAGAGACCUUCCAUGUCACUGACCUUGGGACACAACUGAAGCCUGUUAUCCAGCGCUGGAUGUCGACCGAAGAAUUGAGGAAGUGUAAGGAAUGCGGCAACGUCGCUCCUGCCAAGUAGUAGUACCCCCGCGUGAACUGUUUCGCGUUCUGGUGCUAGUAUACAUGUGAAUAUGAUAAUGGAAAAACUAUGCAAACCAUAACAUAUUUCUCUAGAAACAUAUACGAUAACUGGCAUAUCGGCCACUGGUUUCACUAGGACGAGUGAUUUUGACGACUUGGCCUCUC